UUCGAAAAGUCAUUAUGCCAAACUCAAAAGAUAAAUCGCAUACCUCGAAGGGGAACUCGCAAAAAUAUAGAUCUAAAUCAUCAAAUUAUGCGGAGGUGGAGGCAUAUAAAUCUAAUUUCGUAUCAAUACCAAAUACCAUAAAGCUUAGUAUGCUUAAUAGUGGACUUCUUUCCUUUGAAAAAAUAAGGUUAGAGGCAAGGGAUGAGAAGAACUCGUUGUCAAAAACUAUACCGCAUUUUCCAAUAAAUAAAACACAUUUUCUUAAGUUGUGUGAAUUGCGACGAAAAUUUCCAGUGCUUUAUAAAUUAGAGUUCCAAACGGCAACUAGAGUAGAAACAAAUAUGUGUAGACAUGCAUUAAGAAGAAAUAACCAAGAAAAAAAUCAAAAUUCAAAGUGUAUUCCUUACGAUUACAACCGAGUUGUCCUAAAAAAGAAAUCAGCGGUUCCGGAUUCAGAUUAUAUUAAUGCGUCUUAUGUUGAUAGCCUUUUAAAACCAAAUGCUUACAUUGUCUCGCAAGGUCCAGUGGAAGAAACAGUAAAUGCAUUCUGGCAAAUGGUGUGGCAAGAAAAUAUUAGUGCCAUUAUCAUGCUUACUAAAACGUUCGAUUUUGCCAAAGUAAUGUGUGUUCAGUAUUGGCCUCCAAAUAUGGAAAUACAUGAAACUUAUGGUGAUAUACAUAUAAAUAUUGUACAUGAGGAACAGCUUGCCAAUUUUCAUAUUCGAACUUUUCAUUUAUACAAAGUCAACGAACUCAAGGAAAUCAUUAACGAACGUCUUAUACUUCAAUUCCAUUACACAGAGUGGUAUUCUCAUUCAUGCCCUUUUUCAAAUGCACUUUUAGAGUUUAGGCGGCGAGUGCGUUUGGUGGUUGGUAACAUUAUUAAAGGUGACGAUAUUAAAGGACCAAUGCUAGUUCAUUGUAGCGAUGGCGGAGGUCGAUCCGGUGUAUACUUAUCAAUAGAUGCUAAUCUAGAGUUAGCAGAAGAAGAAGAAUGUUUCAACGUGUUUGGUUAUUUAAAAAAGCUUCGUCAAUCGAGGAAGGGUCUUGUCGAAAAUGUUGAACAAUACAAAUUUAUUUAUGAUACACUGGAAGAGCAUGAGAUAUGUGGGAAAACAUGGUUUCCGGUAUCAGAACUAUCUGAUCGACUUAAGGUUAAAGCCCGACGUAAUCCUUUAACAAAGAUGAAUGAAUAUCAAUUGGAAUAUGGUCAAAUUUGUAAACAGACUCCUCGAUUUUCAAUAGGAGAUUGUGCAGGUGGUCAUAGAGCUGACAACAGGGAUAAAAAUCGUGAUGUCCUGUGUGUUCCACCUGAUAAUUUUAGACCGUAUUUAACCUCUUUUCAAGGUAAUGCUUUCACAGACUACAUAAAUUCAGUUUUCGUAGAUGGGUAUACUAAACCAAGGGAGUACAUAGUAACAGAAUGGCCAUUGAAACACACAUUAGGAGAAUUUUGGUCUCUCAUAUACGAUCAUGAAUGUUCGGUUGUAGUAGUUCUGUGCCAACCUCCUCUUAAUUCACAGAAUUUUCCAUCAUUUUGGCCACAUAAAUCAAAAAUGGAAAAAUACGGACCGGUAUUUUCGGUUCAUAAUAUUUCAUCUAAAACAUAUACUAAUAUCAAGCAAUGGGAGUUCAAAAUAAAUAAAAAGAUUGUGUCAUUGACAGAAAUGAUGGCAGGUGUCAAAGCUCCUACAAAAACUGUUCAACUAUUUCAGCUUACAUGUUGGCCUAUGGGACAUAAAGUUCCAAAUUCUACAAAUUCAUUAGUUUAUUUAAUGAAUAUGGUAGAGCUCUGGAGACAAAGAGUUGAUUAUGGUCCAGUUUGCGUUGUUUCUCCGGAUGGUAGAAGCCGUGCUGGAGUAUACUGUGCAGCUAACGCAUGUAUUGAGCAGGUUAUUCAACAUGAAGAAGUUGAUGUAUUCCAAGCAGUAAAAACCGUCCGGCGACACCGACCACAACUUGUGGAAAAUAUGACAGAAUACAAAUAUUGUUAUGAUUUAGUUUUACAUUAUGUCCUUCACUUUCUAAAUAAAACCAAAUAAAUGUAUAGUAUUUCAUAUUUACACUGAUAAGGGAAUUUGAUUAUUGUAUUGUAUAUAUAUGUGCUUAAAUAAACGUUUGAACGAAAAAAUGUA